AUGGAUGAAAGUCUGUUUGUGCUGCUUCUGCUGUCAGGGCUCUCCUGCAGCAGUUCUGCUGUUUAUCUUCAGUAUAAUUAUAUGAACCAGCCAAUGUCCUGGUCAGAUGCUCAGAGUUACUGCAGAGAGAGAUUCACUGAUCUGGCUACUGUAGACACCGUGGAUGAUGUGAACAGGCUGAUAAAUACUGUGGAUGCUGGAUACAGUGGAUCAGUGUGGAUUGGACUGAAGAGAGAGAUAUCGAAUCACUGGGUUUGGUCAAAUGGAGAAGAUACAAUCGCAAAGUACAGCGACUGGGCUCCAGGAGAACCAGCCAGUGGAAAUGACUGUGCUUUGUUCAAUGACAUUUGGUUGACCACUAAAUGUUCUAACCUCUAUGGCGCAUUAUGCUUAGAUGAAUUUAAUGGAUAUCGCAUGACACUUAUUAAGAUGAAUUGGACAGCUGCUCAGAGUUACUGCAGAAAGCAGUUUACAGAUCUGGCUCCCAUCUACAGCAAAAAAAACAAAAGCACUCUACACACUUUAGCAAACUACCUAAUGCCUCUAUGGAUUGGUCUGUACCGAGACUCUUGGAAAUGGUCUGACAAAUGGAAUGGCUCCUUCAGAUACUGGGCAGCAGGUCAACCAUUUCAGAGUGCAGGAUCUGUUGACUGCGUCGGCAUGACAACAACUGAUUCUGGAAAAUGGGCUCCAUACAGCUGUGAUCUACAGCAGCCUUUUAUCUGCUACGGAGAUGAUAAGUUCAUCAGAAAGCAGACUGUCAGACUGAAACUGUCUUGUAAUGGAAACUGUGCACUUAAUAAUCCUUCACUCCAGACUGUCGUUCUGAAUCAGAUAACUGAAAGGCUGAAGGGCAUGGGGCUACAAAGUGACAGCAAGAUAAGCUGGAUUAAGAGUAAAGAGGAAGAAGUAUCUGCUCAGAAAAGCAACCGUACGGAAAAUUCACAAGAAUGUGGAAAUAUACCAUAA